UGAUGCUGCUGACAUCGUUCCAUCGCUCUCACGGUUCGUUUUCUGUGCUUCUUGCUUGUUAGCGAAGUUCAUAUUAGGAAUUUCUGUGUAAUGGUACUGUUUUCCUGCUCUGCUACUCCACCUAAACAUUUUCCACGGCUAACAUGGAAGUGAGAGCCACUAGGCCAUGGAGUCUUCCUUUAUAGAUGGGUCUGCUGAGGCAGACACUGCCAGAGCACAGGCUGGUUCCUGCCCUGAAAACAACACCACCAAAGGUGCUGGUGAGCCACUGCCUCCUAAGGGUGAUGUUCAGUCAGCAAAGGAAUUGCCCCAGUCUCAUGGUGUUGGUUGCAAAGCUGCUACACAACCUGCAGCCACCACUAGCGAUGGAUCAUGUCUAGUCAGCGUAAAUGAGCAAGCCAGUGCCUCAGGAUGCAAGCAGACCAGCAGCAGUUCCCCACAAUCACAGAAUUGCCCACUGGUAGAUACAAGCCAGGAGGACUCCGUUCCAGCAACCACGUCACCAUUGGUCACACUGACAGAAGUUUCUGCUCUGAACAAGAAUGAGGUCCAAGCAUCAAAUUCAAUGCAGUCUUACAGCAAGACAAACAACCCUACGAGGGAGAAUUCAGCUUCCAUGUGCAAGGUUCUUUCUGCACAAAGUGCUGAUGUGGGUGGCCCUGCCAUUUUGCAGAUCUCAAGCUGUCAUAGCUCUCCUGAAGUGCGCUUGUUUAUGGACCCUGGUGUCAGCUCCGAAUCGGACAGUUCUUCGAGGCACUGUGAAAGACAAGAUAAGAAAGGCGAGUCGCACAACUUGUGCCGGUACUCGUCAGACUCACACCUGCCACGCUGUGUUCGAACGCCAACAGAGCUUUCAUCCUGCAGUCAAGAAAGUGACGACAGCGAUGCUUUGCUCUCAGAACUUGAGUCUGAGCUUGAGGGAGUGGAGGGCUCCGACACGUCCAAAAAUGCAUGGGGGCUCCAGAAUGGCUCCCAAACAGGAACACCCAGGUGCAAGCGGUGUGCCCUCAACUAUGACCUUAUGGAACGAGUAGAGCAGACCAACUUUGAGCUUCAGCAGCAACUCAGGUAUAUCAGCGAGAAGACAUCAGCCCGUGAAGCUGAAAAUAUGCGUAUGCUGGCAGAAGCACGGGCUGAACUGCUGUCCAAAAAUGAAAAGUUGUGCAGGCAGCUGGAGGCUGUGACAAAGGAGAAAGACAGCAUGGUAGUAAAGUAUGCAACUAGUGAAAAGGAGGUUAUCCUGGCACGCAAGGCCUUGGAGGACACGGAGAAGAAGUACAGGGAAGUUGUCAAGGAACGAGACCAGCACUUCAGCCGAGUACGAUCACUCAACAAUGAGCGUGCUCGUCUCUGCUCCAGCCUUGACACAAAGCUAGCAGACAUGGCAAAGCUUCAGAAAGAGCAGGAGAGGCUCAAGGAGGAAUUGUCUUCCCGAGACAUCAAGAUCAAAUGGGCUCAAAAUAAACUCAAGACUGAGGUGGAUGCCCACAAGGAGACACAGGCAAAGCUGGAGCAAGCACAGCUGCGGCUGCGUGACCUGCGUGAGGAAGCAGAGCAAGUGCGGCGUGACUGCCAGGAGAUGAUCAGGCGCUACCAGGAGUCAGAGGAGAUUAAGUCAGUUUCCUUGGAUCAUCAGCUCAAGGAGAAGUUGUCUGAACUUGAGGAGCAGAAGAUGGAGAAGGAGAGCCAGGAGGAGGUGUACCAUGUAAUGAAGCAGGAACUGGAAUUGCUCAAGAAGAAACACAAGAUGAGCAUUGAUGAGAACAACAGCCUCACUAUGAAAAUACACAACCUAGAGAAGGAACGGCUCGAAUACGAGCAGACGUUGAGCAAGCUCAAGGAAAAACUCAACUCCUUAAAGCAGGAGAUUGUUGACCUGAAUGGGAAACUUGAUGAAAAGAGGAAUGUAGAGCUUCAGCUAGAGAGGGAGCGAGAGAAAGUGGUCACUUCGCAGCAGGAAGUAGAGCGACUGCGGCAGUCAGCUGCCGAGAUGCAGGCUGACAUGGAGGCCUGCCAUCUUAAAGAGGGAGAGCUGCUGGAGUUCACAGAGCGCCUCACCACCAAGAGCGUCCAGCUGCAGUCGGAGCACAGCCUCCUGGAGCUCAAGGCCCAGAACCUGGAAGAGCAGAAUGGCAAGCUGACACAGGAAAUUGCGCAGCUCAAGAAGCAGAAUCGAGACCUGGCAUCUAGCCUUGAGGCUGAGCAGAAGCAGCGUCAGCAAGAAACACAGCUGCUAGCACGCAAGCUAGCUGAAAAGACCAAAACAAUUGAAAAAUUGACAACACAAGUUGAAGAUGCUGAAAAUGAACAAAGAGUGAUGAAGAGGCGGCAUAUUUCAAGCAUCAAGGAGCUGUCACGAGAGCUGCAGCUGACUAAGAAGCGACUUGAGCAGCAGCAGGAUGCCCAAGGUAGCCCCCAUCAGGGCUCAGCAGCUGAGCCCCUAGGCUUGGGCUCACGCACCAGCUCCACAGCUUCACUGGAGACCCUAGGAUCAGGACCCAGCCAGGUGGCCAGCAAUCACCCCACAGUCACUUUUGUCAAUGCAGGCAGACCCACUGUGCCGCCCAAGGAAUCACGCUUGCAUGCUGCUGCUGUGACUGUGCUGAAUGGUUCCAGUCGAAGCUGUGUUGGAAGUCCUGGGGCAUCUGGUGCAAGCAGCAGUGGAUCACCUGAACAUGCACCAACAGCACCUGUGCACCUUGAACUGGACAAGCAAAUGCUGGUGGAGCGCAUUGUACGACUACAGAAGACCCUUGCACGACGCAAUGACAAAAUUGACUUUCUUGAGGAACACAUCAAGCAGCUGCUACUUGAAAUGAAAAAGAAAUCCAAGAUAAUCCAGAAUUACAUAACCAGAGAGGAGGCUGGUGCAUUGGUUCCCACCAGCAUGGACUGCAACAAGCCGUUAGGAAAAAAGCAAAAGGCUGAGAUCUCUAAGAAGGGAGGCAUCAUGGCAUCUGUGUACAACAGCCAUGCCGUGGACACAACCAUGACUCUGGAGCUGUCCCUUGAAAUCAACCAAAAGCUCCAGGCAGUCCUUGAAGACACAUUACUGAAAAACAUCACCCUUAAGGAGAAUAUCAACACCCUUGGGGAGGAGAUCGCACGGCUGAGCAAGGACCAUCGCCUUGUUGAUGCAACACAGUGCCGGCGGAAGUAAAGGGAAUAAUUGCAUGUUACACCCACUGGCUCCCUUGAGUCAAGGCUACGGAGACUGGCUCUUUUGUACAUAGUCUAGUUUGACGGCGUUCGUCUCCACUCUGCCACCAUGCAACAUUGAGGCUAUGAAUCCAAACUAGGCCUCUAGGCUUUAGUGCACAGUAGCAUGUGAAUGCUCGGGUAUUAAGUUCAAGCAAUGGCAAUAUUGCCAUUCUAUUUCGUUGUCAACUUUCACUGUACAUUUUCACAUCUUUGUGCCACGUGCCUUGUAGAAUGUGUCUGCAAUGAGGCACAAACUGGCCAGCUUGUGCAGAAUUGCACUACCGUGCUUAUAACACUCAUUGUUUUUGCACUAAGCAACUUCAUUUAAGACUUGCUCCUGUGCUGAGCUUUAUCAGCCGAAUGACAUAUUGACUUUCUUGACAUUAUCUUGUAUUGUGCAUGCUGACGGGUCAUUUGUGCUUUUCUCUACAGGAGAAGGAACAUGUUUAUGUGUCCACUGUUGCAUUGCAACUGUUAUGAACACUCGCAAAUGUUCAGAACACCUUUGCAGUUGUGAUGCUAAGGGGAGUGUGUGCACAUGCCUUUGAACAGGGCUGUUCCUUAUAUUUGGUUUGGUUGGAAUGACACCUACUCUCUUCAUUCAGUGCAAAUUAGAUACAGCUUGCUAGACUUCCAUUCAGCAUCUUCACAUCUUUUCAAGAGUUUGUUUUUUGAUGAAUCUGUACCUCUGUGGGCAGUGUUAGCUCUAUACUGCACACCUGUAUCGUAGCCUAACCGCUCACUAAAAGUUUAUAUAUAUAUAUA